CUUUUGUCAAUGCAGUAACGACAGAUUGUCCUUCAUCUUUGGUAACAUUUCGAUGAUAUCAAACCUGGCUAAGUAUCGUUUUAGGAGUGUUUUACCAUCGCAAUACCUUUGAGCACCACGCUCAGCCAGAUCUAUUUGGCCCUUGCCGUGGGUGGAUAUAUAUUCUUCACAGGUACUUGGCCCCUCAAGCGUGAAUAUGGCAUCUGCCACCUCCCAUCGGCGAUGUCCACCUAUGUCUUCGAACUCGACCAUCCAGCUCUUCGCUUUACCGCAUUUCAAACCCGACCUGUAUGAGCGCGCGUGGCAAUCGAUUCCACACCCGCACGCACCGCUCAUAGCGACAGCACAUCAUAAAUCCGUCACGAUUUUUUCUCUUUCAACACUCUCCUCACACAGCACUCUCAGUGGCGGCCACGAGCGCUCCGUUCGUUCGAUAGCAUGGAAGCCGUACGCGACACCAAACAAAUUAUGUCUUGUAACGGGAAGCUUCGAUCGAACAGCAGGCCUUUGGCGCUGGGAAGAAGAGGGGCAUUCUUCGUCUGAUGCGCUCGAUAUCACCGCGACACGCGACAGCAGUAGUGAUAAGGAAGACAAGGACUGGGAGUUCACACUUGUGUUAGAGGGACAUGAUUCCGAGAUCAAGUCGGUGGCCUUCGCGCCUGGCGGUCAGUAUCUUGCCACAUGCAGUCGGGAUAAGUCAGUCUGGAUCUGGGAGGAUAUUGGCGCAAGUGAAUCGGAUGAUGAAUGGGAGACGGUCGCGGUGUUGAACGAGCAUGAAGGCGACGUCAAAGCUGUGGCCUGGUGUCCUGAAACAAACCGCAGGGACAAGGGUCGGUACGCACCAGAUUGCCUGGCAAGUGCAAGUUACGACAACACCGUCAGGAUAUGGAGGGAGGAUGGCGAUGGGGAGUGGGUAUGUGUCGCAGUACUCGAGGGACACGAAGGCACAGUUUGGGGGAUAGCAUGGGAGCCCAGACCGGAGGGCACGCGAUACCCGCGGCUGAUGAGUUGGAGCGCUGAUUGCACCAUCCGCGUGUGGGAAUUGAAGGAAGAGGACGAGGAGGAGGACAAGGAACCGCAAUUACAGUAUGCAUGGGGCGGAUUGAGGAGCAUUCCGAAUACUAUGCGCAGGUCGAUGAAGGACGAAUGGGAGUGUACCGAUAUCCUCCCCAAAGCUCACACCAGAGACAUUUACUCGGCGGCGUGGAGCCAAGACUCGGGCCUGGUCGCCAGCACUGGAAGCGAUGGUAUUCUGGCUAUAUAUGAGGAAGAAGCUGCAGGGCCUGGCAUAUUGAAUGGCGAACGACAUGCAACUGAUGCCGAGGCCAACGCGGAGCUUGAUGGCGACGUACCCAUGACCAAUAGACAUGAUGCAACACCCAAAAAGCAAUGGUAUAUCAAGACGACGAAACCGAAUGCACACGGCCCAUACGAGGUCAAUCACGUCACGUGGUGCAAGCGCUACGACUCUGCAUGUCCUCCUGAAAGGAAAGGGAUUGAAGAGAUGCUUGUCACGACCGGCGAUGACGGCAUAGUCCGUCCAUGGCAGGUCAUACGAUGAUGCAGAUGGGCUUGGCAUAUACUGCGGGGCCGCAGACAUGGCUUGGAGAUAUAAACGACCGAGAUACUUGGUUAAGGUCGAUCUUGCCACCCCUAGACUAAAGCAUAUGCAUCGGAUCAUGACUACGGUUUGGCGGAUAAGGGUUGCAUCACAUUCAUAAUCGGUUUAGGUUCACUCUUCUAUGCGGGACUCAGGCUCCCAAGUUGAGUUGCAUAUCAUUAGAGUUAAACUUGGCCCAUGAGUCUAGUUACGAGCAUUUCGUAGUCGAGGGCCGUGGUGGGCCUAACAAAUCUCCGUCGUUGGCACUCAACAGCGAACGGCACGUAAAUUCGUCUGAACUACUUGAUCAUGUGGUGAGAUAGGCUCCGUUGCCACUUAUACUACUGUUGAAAGGUAAUCUGUGUGUGGUGACCUGUGGCCA